AUGGCGUUUCAUGUGGGAUGCGGUUUUGCUCUAAUCAUCACUGGUUACAAAGCGCAGAAGAAUAUAUAUCAAGGACCUCUGGCUAAAGUAUAUGUGGUGAGGAUGCCCAACGGCCUUUUCGAUAUUCGAACUGCCGACGGAUCUCCAAGCUUUGGUGCCACCAUCUUCGACACUGGGAUCGGCUGGGGCUUCACAGCCAAGAAUCCCGCCUCACUGUCGCAUUGAGCCGGGCCAAAACAGGCACUUACAUUGUGGGCCAAGAAUAAGAACUGUACAGCACCUCCCUUAUCGAUGCUCAUCGAGUACCUGGAAGAGCGUCAGUCGUUCAUAGAAAUCUCUGUCAAGGUCAAUUUCACUAUGAGGGCCAUCAUGUGUGAGAACUGUAUCCAGCCAGGUCCGUUCAUGGAUGAGAACCUUUACAAAUCUCGUUGUGUUCGAUGCAAGUGUAGGCGCCGCAUAACUUGCGAUGCCAGAUGGGCUGUUUGGCUUCUUGGAAAAAGGAGGCUGGGUCUGUAUCAAGAUCUUGGCCGAUCUUGUUACUG